CGGCAAAGCUCCGGGACAGGGAUUAGGUAGUGGGACUGUGACGCCUCAGCUGUGCCGGAUCAACGUCAAGGCGACCAACAUCCGGAACCUGCGCCUUCGUCACCUACACCAGCCUUACAUCGAAGCAGACGACAGCAGCAGCCGAACAACGCACACGCGGCCGAUUCACCCCCCGAUACACCGACCACAAACCACUUCUUCUCCAAGAGCAUCGACUGCUCGAAUACGACUUACGCCCAAAGCCCCGCCCGAUCCCUCUACGACGGUUCGCAGACUAGAAGCUAUCGCAAGCUAAUCGCUUCCGAAACCGACAACCCCCCAACCCAAUCCAAUCUAUCCGUCACCGCAUACAUCAAUAAACAUGGAAGAGGAGCGCCUCUGGAAGUUCAGCAAGCCGGAAUGGCUUAACAGUGCCUGGGCUCGUAACUUUGGCGUCUAUGGCGCCGGAGCUCUGUUCUCCAUCGCCUUCUACGUCAUGCUCGACUCCGCGGUCUGGUCCAAAUCAGCCCGCAACGGCUCCGACACGCACGUCACUUUCGUCGACUGGCUGCCCCUCAUAUUCUCCUCGCUCGGCAUGCUCAUCAUCAACUCGGUCGAGAAGGCGCGCCUGUCAGCCGACAGCUUCUCGUACAGCGGCAACGGCGUCGCGUGGAAGGCCCGCGUCGUGCUGUUCCUCGGCUUCGCCGCGCUGGCCGGCGGCAUGGCCGGCGGCGUGACGGUGUUUGUGCUCAAGUUUGUCGUGCAGGACGUUGCUAUGCCGGCGCUGGGCAUGGGUAUCGAAAAUGUUGUUGCGAAUGCGCUUGUGGGACUGAGCAGUGUUGUGCUUUGGAUUAGCCAGAAUAUGGAGGAUGAGUACAGCUACAACUUGUCUCUGUAAAGGGGUGCAUUGGGGUUGUUCAGUAAUACGGAGUUCUUGUGGAAGAGUCGCCAUGAGGCUGAGGCAUGAAAGCUUUGGAAUGGGCGAGCCGGUUUGGUUUUUGUCCAAAAAGGCUGAAGAUUGUAUGAAUCGGGUGGUUCGGAUCGCAGGUGUAUAAUUAUAGCACUGAGGAUACUGUGGCGCAUGGGUUUGACAUUGGCGGCAUGGCUAUAGUCUACUGUAUUCCCUAUAUUUGAGCCUUCUUUUCGCAGACUCCUCGGUCUCUCAGCUGU